AUGAAAAGUGUUUGUCUGUGUUUCUCUGUUUUUCUGCAGCAACAGAAGAAUCUGGAGGGAUAUGUGGGCUUUGCGAGCCUCCCCAACCAAGUUUACAGAAAGUCCGUAAAGCGCGGCUUCGAGUUCACGCUAAUGGUUGUGGGUGAAUCGGGUUUGGGCAAGUCCACGCUGAUUAAUUCCCUCUUCCUCACGGACCUGUACUCCUCAGAAUACCCAGGACCUUCACAUAGAGUCAAGAAGACUGUUCAGGUAGAACAAUCCAAAGUGUUGAUGAAGGAGGGCGGGGUUCAGCUGCUGCUCACGACGGUGGACACUCCAGGGUUUGGAGAUGCUGUAGACAACAGUAACUGCUGGCAGCCGGUCACCGAUCACAUCGACAGUAAGUUUGAGGAUUACCUGAACGCAGAGUCUCGUGUCAACAGGAGGCAGAUGCCGGACAGCCGAAUCCACUGCUGCCUGUACUUCAUUGCACCCUCAGGCCACGGGCUGAAACCUCUGGACAUUGAGUUUAUGAAACGGUUGCAUGAGAAGGUGAAUAUCAUCCCCCUGAUUGCCAAAGCGGAUACCCUCACCCCAGAAGAGUGCCAACAGUUCAAGAAACAGAUCAUGCGGGAAAUCCAGGAACACAAAAUUAAGAUUUACGAGUUCCCAGAGACUGAUGACGAGGAGGACAACAAGCUUGUGAAAAAGAUCAAAGAUCGGCUGCCUCUGGCUGUAGUUGGCAGUAACACCAUAAUCGAGGUGAACGGGAAGAAGGCUAGAGGGAGGCAGUACCCGUGGGGGGUGGCAGAAGUUGAGAACGGAGACCACUGUGAUUUCACCAUUCUACGGAACAUGCUCAUCAGGACCCACAUGCAGGACCUGAAGGACGUAACAAACAACGUCCACUACGAGAACUACAGGAGCCGGAAACUAGCCGCCGUCACCUGCAACGGGAUGGACAACAACAAGACCAAAGGCCAGCUCACCAAAGUUGACUCAGUGGAAGGCAUGAGUCCUCUGGCUCAGAUGGAGGAGGAGAGGCGAGAGCACGUGGCUAAGAUGAAGAAGAUGGAGAUGGAGAUGGAGCAGGUCUUCGAGAUGAAAGUUAAAGAGAAGAUCCAGAAGCUGAGAGACUCUGAGGCUGAGCUGCAGCGACGUCACGAGCAGAUGAAGAAGAACCUGGAGGCUCAGCACAAGGAGCUGGAGGAGAGGAGACGCCAAUUCGAGGACGAGAGAGCCAACUGGGAGACUCAGCAGCGCCUCCUGGAGCAGCAGAAACUCGACGCAUCCAGGACUUUGGAGAAGAAUAAGAAGAAAGGGAAGAUAUUUUAAAACCUGUGCAGGAUGACCAUUUCCAUUGCCACUUUUACCCCAGACCAGUUUAUCUGUGUAGCCUCCGGCCGGUGCUGCACGCUGCGCUCGGUGUCGUCUGCUGCCGCUGCUGGAGGCCAACAGCUGGGUGUGGACUAAAGUCCGCCUUACCGUCGGCAAGCCAAACCCAAACCCUUAAAAAUCCCUGUACAUAGAAUCCCACCUCUAUCUAUCCUUAACCAUUUAACAGCAGGUGUCCACAUUUAUAUACGCCACUGUCCAACAGGUUCUUCAGUAGUUACUGACGCUGUUUCCUCCAAAUUCUGAGACGAUCUGAUCUAAAGACUGUACCUCUUUAUUUUACGUAUCAUUCAUAAACCUCAUUCCAGCAAAGCGGCAAAAAAACAGGCGAUAACAGCAGAUUAAUAAUCCCAAUAAAUCUUACAUGGGAGUGAUGAGCGAAUUUUCUUUUUUUUUUUUUUUUUGGUAUGUGUUUAUUGAAAGUGUUUCUAAACUAUAUGCUGUUUUGACCUGUCUAGUCACUUUCCUUGGACCACCUCAUAUAAGUUCAUUAAUAUUUCAGUUAGUUUAUUUUUUAUAUAUAUAUAUAUAUCUAUAUAUGUAUCCCGAGCCAGCUGAAAUAAUAUUUUUUCUAUGUUGUAGAAACUCGGCAGAGCAGUUUUGUAAAGGAAUGAAUUGACCGGUUCAGAUGUGUUCCUCAGACAUGUGCUGUGAUUCUGAAAGGUUGUAAACCCUUUUCAUGCAUAACCUCACUUGUUAUUGUAAACUGCGGUAAAAGCUCGAGUUCACAGCACGUUUACCCCCCUUUGGUUAUGUACUCCUCUGUAUUUUUGAUAUUUUAUUUUUCAUUUGUUAUUGUACAGUCACUUAAUAAACGUGUGAUAUGGA